AUUCAACAAUAUCACCUCAUUUUACGUUACGAGCAUACUUUAAAUAUCUGCAAUUUCGAAGCCCAUAAAAAUCUAUUUUACGUACAUACCGAUAAAGAUAAACUCACUACUAGUAAUACAAUUUCAUAACAUCGUAAAGUUUAUAUAAAUUCUUUACCGAAGGUACGUGAAUUUCGUAUGGUCGAUUUUCUUAGUAUUUUUUAUUUGUACGAUUGUUUUGAUGAUGAGAGUCUAUACAAAUAUUUUGUGUUUGAUCAACUUUCUAUCGACUUUGUCUUUGAAUAUGCAAGGGUGGAAUUAUAUCAACUUGCAUUGUAGAGACAAUAACAACUCGCCUGUCGAUUGGUGAUUAUAUUGGUUUUUCCUUUAAUUUAAUAAUAACCGUAUAUAAUAUUUAAAAAUGUUUUUUUAAUCUAUAGAUAUUUUAUAUACCUUUUGAUCUUGGGUUAUGUUGACCUUUUGCCUUCAAAAAUUACCUAAAAAAGCAAAAACUUAUAUAAUUGUCCAUAAAUCACAAAUUUUAGGUGGUACAUUUACAAACCACCAAGCAAAGUGGUACCUUUCUUUGAACUGGGACUUAACUUUACGUUUAUUAUCCCGGAUUCGCCUGGGAGAUGGGGAAUGUCAAAUAAGUAUAUCACUUCCAAUUCGAUGCUGCAGAACACACUUGCGCCUUUAUUCAGGGUAAGAAUUUCAUAUUUUAUAAGCAACAAGAUUAGGUAUCAUAAAAAAUUAUAUCUUAAAGCAGUGUUUGUCUUAAUUGGUCGCUAUCCUUUGGGGGUCACAAAGCCUUCCUUGCGAUCAAAAAUUUCAACGAGAAGGUUGGACAUUGUUUCUUUUCAAAAUGUGGUCUUUUUUUAAUGUUGCACAUUUGGUGAUGUUUUUGAACAAGACUAAAAUUAAUUUGUAAACAUCAAUUCAGCCAACUUACAGUGACCAUCUAGCAGUAGCAAUGUAUGACUACCGUGAAGGUGAUCACAGAUUCGCAGGGUCGGUAGCCCGCGGUAUUCUAAUGGCCGACGAGUUGGGCGGUGUCUGGAUAUAUCACACUGUACCCAAUUUGGUCAAUUUGUGGAGUGAGUAUUAUGACUAGCAUAGCUUAUUAUGUUAUUGAUUAUUCAUAACAAACUGUUAUUUAACUUGUAUUGUUUGUUUCUUUAGAUCAACUAUUGAAACGGAUUUUUUAAAUUAUUAACUCCUCAGAUUGUUCUGAAAUUAUGCAUCGUUUAGUUCGCAUGACAAUGCAUUAGGUUAGGUUAAAUCCAAUGUGGUGAAUUCCCAAACACGGCACACUAUUCAAUGUUUAAACACACUCAAUUUGGCAGGUUUAAGCUUUAAAUCCCUGUGCCCUGUCUCAUAGCAGGAACUAUUAAACAGGCCUGUUGUAGGUUAAAUAUAGCCUGAUGAUUGUGGCGACAUAUUUUAAGUUGUUCGUCCGUCUAAAUUUUGCAUACAUACCAAAUUCAAUAAAACCUUGCUAAUUCCUAUAGAUGGUCGUCAGACUUUUCCUGAGAAAGAAAGUUCAAACGGACACCUUAUAAUGUGUUUAUCAAUGGGUUUUCAAACUGCAAAUGCAAUUGUACGUGCUCUGAGAAACCUCUACCCCAAAGUGACUUAUUUGAAAAUUCCGAAAAAGUUACAGCAUUUGUUGCCUGAAUGGAAUUUAUUAGAAAUCCCUUUGAAGAGGCCUAGAUCGAGUGCCCAAAGGUUUGUUACACGCGGUAACACGCCCGUCGAGCUCCUCAUACAGCGCCCGGGGGACAAUCAGUCCAUCUACCAGACUUUCGCCAGCUCCAAGUACAUUGUUCUAGAUGUGUAUGGACACAGUGACAGUGAAUAUAUCUCGUCGAUUUGGAGCAGAAAAUAUAGUGUACGCAACAUCGACAGCAUAUCCAUCAAACUUCCCGAAAAGGUUAUUUACAUAAACAACAUGACAGAUCGUAUGAGGUUUGCAGUUAGUACGGCCGCGGAUUGGCAGACCUUGGGCUUGGGGCCCAAACAGUACUGGUCGUGUAUCAGCAAUUUGGAUAAAGAGGACAUGAGCGGCGCUGGUGGUGAUAUGCUUUGCGUGGAGGACUACAGAGUUUGGAGAACGUUUGACAAUUUAAAAGUUAAGGAACCAAGUUGUAUAUCAUGAAAGUCUGGCCGCUCGGAGGUCGUUUCUGACAGGUCGUGAUUGAAUGUAGAUGAGACAAACAGCUGGGAGUUACUCGCCCAUGCGAUCACGACCUGGCAGAAAUGCUCUUAUCGGUCGGACAUUAGACUCCAGUCGCGCGAUAGGGGCGUAGCAACCGCUGUAUCCACCGACUACAGGGCCCCUUACAUGUGAAAGCAAUAAUUGGUAAAUUGUAAUCCACAAUGUCACUUUGUUGGUUGUUUAGGAAUAAUUA